ACCAUAUAUUACAUUGCAUUGGCAUUUGAGUUUCAAACUGGAACAAGUGAAAGAAAGCUGCAGGAAGACAACACUCUCUCGCACCUUCCUCACCCCGGAAGACAACGCUCUCCCGCACCUUCCUCACCCCGGUUGUAAAACAAUAACUGAAGAAGCCAGAUGGCGAGGAGAGGCCAGGAUGAGAGAUUCCACAACUGGCUCCCGGAUAUAAAUUUAUGUCCUGGACCUCCUGGGCCGACUUACGAAGUUAAUCGGAGGAGGAUGGUGACAUUGGAAGAAAUGGAAUCUGCCAUGGAAGAGUUGAAACGUGACAUGAUAAAUUACACCGAUGGGAGGUUAAGAGCGUUUACAUAUCAGUUCCGCGAUGAAGUCGAGCGUGUAACGAAUAAUUUGGACGAGCGGAUUAGAAGGGUUGUGCGCGAAGAGCUUGAUAUCCGAAUGAGGGACCAGGGUGGAAGAGCGAGACGUGUUCCAACCCCUCCAGCCACUCUAGCCCUUCCAACCCCUCCAGCUCCUCCAGCCCCGAAUCCACACCAACAAAAGCGAAAUCAUUUCCACCGGCUUGUCCGCGGCGAACGUUACCAAAGGGCGUUUGAAGAGGCCAUGGCAGAAGAAGAUAAACAAUGGCUCUUGUUUCUCUGCACAAUUGCUCACCCAAACAAUGUCUUCCGAGAGGGGAUCUUUUACACUCAGAAAUUUCUGCUAGAAAUUUUCUACGACGUGUCAGGAUUGUUCUCCAAGGGAGAAGAACACUGCAUAAUCAGCUACUUGGACGUACUUUGUCAGAGACUUUGCACUGAAAACCGUGACAUCAGCUUAAAUGUACAGGCAGUUGCCCAAUGUGUUGAAGACCGCAUCCAGCUAUUCUGGGAGCAAAGUCGCAAUGAGGGUCAUCGUAGGGGAGCAUCUGCCCUGAUGAAUUCCGUACGAGCACUCUGUCGAGGCGAGCGUUACUAAUGAAAAAAAGAAGAGAAUAAAGGGUUGUUGUUGUUGUUGUUUUA